CCUCCACCGGCGGGGCGGCGCGGAAAGCGUAGGCCCGCGUUUCCGCCCCUUCGGCGGGCGCCGCUGCGGCGUGUCCCUCGGCGGCCGCCGUAUCGGCCCCUCCUCCCGCCGCUACGGGCCGGGGCUGUGGUGGCGGCGCCGCGCGCUUUUCAACCGCCAUGAGCCUGUGGGUGGACAAGUACCGUCCUAGCUCGCUGGCCCGCCUGGAUUACCACCGCGAGCAGGCGGCGCAGCUCCGCAACCUGGUUCAGUGUGGUGACUUCCCUCAUCUAUUGGUGUAUGGACCAUCAGGAGCUGGAAAAAAGACAAGAAUAAUGUGUUUGUUAAGGGAAUUAUAUGGUGCAGGAGUGGAAAAACUGAGGAUUGAGCAUCAGAGUAUAACGGCACCUUCUAAAAAGAAAAUUGAAAUUAGCACCAUUGCAAGUAAUUACCACCUUGAAGUUAACCCAAGUGAUGCAGGAAACAACGACCGUGUAGUAAUUCAGGAACUCUUGAAGACAGUAGCACAAUCUCAACAGCUUGAGACAAGUACUCAACGAGACUUUAAGGUGGUACUGUUAACAGAAGUUGACAAACUCACUAAAGAUGCUCAGCAUGCUUUGCGAAGAACAAUGGAGAAGUACAUGGCGACCUGCAGGCUGAUCCUGUGCUGCAACUCCAUGUCAAAAAUCAUAGGGCCUAUUCAAAGCAGAUGCCUGGCUGUACGAGUGCCUGCUCCCAGCAUUGAAGAUAUCUGCCAUGUCUUGUCGACUGUGUGUAAGAAAGAAGGCCUGACUCUUCCUCAGGAACUGGCUCAAAGGCUUGCAGAGAAGUCUGGCAGGAAUCUUCGGAAAGCACUGCUUAUGUGUGAAUCCUGCAGAGUACAACAAUAUCCUUUUACUGCUGAUCAAGACAUUCCUGAGAUGGACUGGGAAGUUUAUUUGAGAGAAACUGCAAAUGCUAUUGUCAGUCAACAGACACCACAAAGGCUUUUAGAGGUCCGUGGACGACUUUAUGAACUCCUGACACACUGCAUUCCUCCUGAGAUUAUAAUGAAGGGCCUCCUGACAGAACUUCUAAAUAACUGUGAUGGACAACUGAAAGCAGAAGUUGCACAGAUGGCAGCCUUCUAUGAGCACCGCCUGCAACUGGGCAGCAAAGCCAUUUAUCAUCUGGAAGCAUUUGUAGCAAAGUUUAUGGCAAUUUACAAGAAGUUUAUGGAAGACGGACUAGAUGACAUGAUAUUCUAACUCUAGUGCCCAAAGUCAUACAUGGAAUGUUGUUAUAAUGCCAGUAAUGUUGCAGAUGUUGUCUGUUUGCCUGUUCUUGACUGCUUGGGGGGUUUGGUUCAAAGCCAAAUAUUUCAUUUUGCUAUUAUAAUAACACAGUGAGGUAAAGAACAAUGUUUGUUCAGUUUUAGAAACCAGAUGGAUUGUUUGGCAGCCACAAAUCCAUCUUUAGACCCAUACAAAAUAUGUUAGCCUUUCAGAAAGACAACAAGUUGCCUUUGAAGACAAGAUGGUUGUCGCUCAGCAGUAUUUGGAAGCUGACAUUGAGAGGAGAGAAUGUGGAUGCUGCCUAGUUGCUUUUGAAUUGCUCACAGGCAAGGCUGUAAGCAAAAGAUGUUUUUUCCACAUUGUGGUAAGUUCCAGUUUGAGCAUGUAUGUUCUGCCUACUGAUUUAUCUAUUGUGCUAUCUGGCCUGAUUUUUAUUUUAGCCUCACCAUUUUUGUGGUGUGCUGGCACAGAGUGUUCCCUGACUCUUAUUUGUAAGCAGCUGCAUUGAAAUUGUGGAUGAGCAAUACUUCUGUGUUGCUUGUACAUCUGUUUGACAGCAUGGAACACUUUGUUUGGAAGGAAUAUGCCUGUAUAAAGCAAGGCCACAUGGUGGCUGAUGCUUUGGGGUUCUCCCUAACUCAUAUAAUGCUCAGAAGUUGCCUGUAGUUUGACCAAGGUUUAAACUUUUAGCAUGUAUUCUUUCACCUCUUAAAUUGAUAUGUGACUCUUUUUAAAUGGCAAAAUAAAUUGUAAAAAUAAGAACAAUAAAUAAAAUGCUGAGGAAUUGUGUUA